GAGCCUCAAGACCAACCGGCUCUUCCCAACGCCCAACAAGCCGGACCCUAUGCCACACAACUUGGCGUUCCUCUUCACGAAGAUCACACCGGAGCAGAUGAUGUACAUGUGGAACGUGCUCACUUUCAUCUUCUUGACCCAGUGCACGAUGAUCGUGGCCUACUGCGCCGCGUUGGCGAUGUUCCCAGAGAUGUGGUGGACAUGCACCCUGUGCUUCGGCAUCCCGUUCUCGUAUGUGGCCAUUCAGCAAAUCUACAUUGAUCACGAUGUGAUGCACGGCGCCACUUUCCCUGUCUACGAGUUCCAGAAGUUCUUAACCCACCCGUUUGCGGACUUCUUUUCCUUGCCGUGGGAGGAGUUUGUUCUGGAGCACAACAGGCACCACGCCUCCACCGUUGACCUGCUGAUCCAGGGCGAGUUCGGCUGGGACCCGGAGGAGUUCCACUAUGCCCUGCAGCAAUGGGCCGGGCCAUGGAGCUCGAACUGGUACAAGUACAUCCUCACUGUUCCAUUUAUUCCUGUGAUCCACUUCUUUGGCCUGAACGACACGGGCUCGCUCUUCGCACUGGAGUGGUGGAUGCACUUCCCG